AUGUCGCCUGUCCUGUCGUUAGAAGGCAAGACUGCCAUCGUUACUGGAGGUGCCGGAGGCCUAGGUCUCGCCAUCACAGAUCUCUUCCUGGAAGCUGGAGCAAACGUGGUCGCUGUCGAUAUCAAUACAGAUCUGGUUCUGAAGUUCGAAGCCUCUCACGACUCGUCAAAAGCAUUUGCCGUCGAAGCAAAUGUGACACUCGAGGAUGACCUAAAUGAUGUAUUCAAAGCGACAACCAAGCGAUUUGGUCAAAUCGAUAUCAUCGUCAACAAUGCAGGACUUACUGAUCGCCUCGAUCCGGUAGGCUCACUAGAGAAGGACCUCUGGGACCGUAUCAUUGCGGUCAACCUGACGGCCCCCAUGAUGGUCACCAAGCUUGGCGUGAAUCACAUGCUAGAGAAACAGAUCAAAGGCUCGAUCAUCAACAUCGGAUCCGUGGCUGCUCUGCGCGGCUUUGCAGCUGGCGCUGCUUAUACCUCAUCCAAGCAUGGUCUUGUAGGCUUGACGAAAAACACAGCUGCGUUUUAUACGGAUAAGGGCAUCCGGUGUAAUGCUGUGCUCCCGUCAGGAAUGGAGACCAACAUCUCCAGUACUAUCAAGAGUAUAAACGACGAAGGUUACUCGACCAUGAUGAAGGGGCCUGUAACGAUGGUCAAUCCUGGGGAGGUUGCUCAGACUGUCUUGUUCCUGGCCUCAGAUGCCUCGAGCACCGUGAGCGGAUCUUGUAUCGCUACAGACCUUGGGUAUUCAGCAUCUUGA